UGAGCGCACGGGGCCUCCGAUUCCUUCCGAAUCUUCCGAAGCGGCACAGCUUCACUAACCGACGUGCGCGGGACAUGGAGCGUCCUCCGAAGGAUUACAGCUACAAUUUGCUAGGCCUGGGAGUCGAACCGGAGGACCAGGAGGACCAGCAUGAUAUAAAGCCAACUGCAGUUUCGUCUGCUGAAGAGAAAAAAGAUGGCGAAGAGGACGUACAGAGUGAGGCUGAGCAGGGAGCAGCAGCAGCAGCAGCAGCAGACGAGAAAGAAGAAAAACAAGAGGAAUUAGGAGGAGAAAGGGAAGGCCAAGCUGGCGCUGGCGCUCCCGACCCCACAGACGACAAGGGCAAAGAAAGCAGUAGCUCCAGCAGCAGUGACGAGGAUCAGCAAGAGGAGCAGAACCCCCAGGACGGGGACCACGAAAAUGGCCGGCACCGGCAAUGGCGCCCCUACCUUAGGAGUUUCACCCAGUCGCAGCUGCAGGAGCUGGAGAACUAUUUCCAUCGCAACAAGAACCCCAGCAAACCAGCGCGAAAAGAACUUGCAAGACGCAUGCGUGUGGCUGAAGCCAGAAUCCAGGAUUGGUUUAAGAAGAGGAGAGCCCGCUGGAGAAGAUAUCGGAGGGCGCAAAGGAUCAGAAAUGCAAGCCACAUGCACCUCGGCCAUCCUGUUCACGCCAUCUCAGGGCCCCCGUAUUGUCCCGUGUACGUGAUAAGGCCCAGUGUGAUAUGGCUUUAUGUGCAGCCAAUGGUGGUCUGGCCACUCGGGGUGCCCUUGCUACCUUUGCUGCCCUUGGUGCCCAUGGCACCCAUGCCGCCUAUGGCACCCAUGCCGCCUAUGGCACCCAUGCCACAUGUGCCACCCAUGCCACACGGGCCACCCAUGCCACACGGGCCACCCAUGCCACACGGGCCACCCAUGCUGUUCUUUCCUCAGGUGUUCAUGCCUGUCCCCCAGCUCCUCCUCCCCGUGCCUCCAUUUGGUCUGACCAUAGUUAACUUGGUCUGGUUCCCUGCUCCCAGCUGUCCUUUUAUAGUCUUUACUUACUGGUACUAAGUAAUGGUCUCUGUGACCUGUUUUUCCAAAGAGUUUUGGGGCCAGAUACAAAGUUUGAAUAGCACACUAUUAAAAAAAGUUUACUAAACAUUUUGAGAUGUGUUAAGUUUAAAGUUGUUAAAGUUCCUGGAAGGAAUCCAGGCCCAUGUUUGAAAAUUCAUUAAGUUCUUAUCUCCAGCAAUGAGAGAAUUUUUUUUGAGGCAGAGUCACACUAUAGUGCAGGCUGGCCUUGAGCUUGGUUAUGUAACCCAGGCUGACCUCAAAUUCACAGUGAUCCUCUGCCCACGUUUAGGGCAUGUUUUGAAUUUCAAUAAAGACAUGAAAUU